GAAAGGAUUAUCAUCACGGGAAAUGUGGACCCAAAGAGACCAAUUCACUAAUCAACAAAUUCCUAUGGAAGACAGACACAUGAUUGAAAAACAAUAUGCUAGUCGACUCCAGAACCAUAAGCCCAGCCAAAAGUCAAAAUGCCGUAACCCUAUUCCUAUAUCUCCCAUGAUUCGUGUAGGUGAUCUUGUAUAUUUAUAUGCUGACCGCAAAAAAACUAAAGCCCGGGACAGGUACUUGGCUGUGUCUGUCAAUGGUGACUGGUGUAAUAUAAAAAAAUUCAUUGGUAAUCAGCUUCGAGCCAAUUCGUACAAAGUUCGAAAGUCUGAUUGUUUUUUAGUUUCACCCACAUUACCUUCCCCUUCCCAAGUUAUACCAGAUACCACAAUCAAUGACGAGAACUCUGAGGAUUUCUAUCCUCCGCUACUACCAAGCUCAUUUGUAGAUUUACUCCCCCAAUUACCUACUGCGAAUGUUCCCCCUCCUGGACCACCAGAAUUAUUUUUGCAAGAUGGCCCAGCACCACAAUCUCGCUACCCCCGUCGUGAGCAUCGUAAGCCUUCAUAUUUGAGUGAUUACAUUUUAGAAUAAGCCCGGUUUUGCAUUUGUUUUGAUUACAAUUUCGUUUACUAUGGCAUUCGGUUUUUAAGUGACCUAUACUUUCUCGUCAUUCUACUAAGUUUUAGUAAUUUUUUUUCAUAGUAAUACCCAUUAUGGGAGAGAAGGAGGGAUGCGCCAGUUAUAUAAUAACGAGUGUUUGUCCUUUAUUGUGUGAUAAUAAGUGUUUGUACUGCCGACGCAUCUGAAGCGUCGACUGAUUACGAUAUGCCUCGCUGAUUUCG